GCUGACUUGCGCGCCUCCGAGCCGUCGAGAUACACGGCGUGCAGCUGCACCGUUGUCGUAUACUGUCGCGCUACAUGCGUGCCACGGUCGUGUCGUCGCACCGCCGUUGCUGUCGUCGUUGUCGUUGUCGCUGUCGUUGUCGUCGCGCCGCAGCCGCCGGUCACGGGAAAAGGAGAGAGAGAGACCUGGAUGCAUCUCGCCACCGCUGACAGCGCGGCCGGCUGUAUCUCGCGUUCGCGAUCUUGCCGGCUUGACGCGUGCACCCUCGCGCACGCAGGAAGGUGCGAUCGUUCCUUUGGAGGGUUGCUCGCGCACCGAGAGGACCGUGCGUUCUCCGGAGUGUCCGUGGAGCACGGCGUUGCGCCGCAACCACCCCCGGUUGCCCACGAGUGUUGUCCACGACGGAGCGAUUUCUCGUAACUCGAUUAGAAUGCUGGCGUGCCUCGAUGCCCGGCUCGAAGCGAUGAUGUACCGGCCACGCUGCUAUCACCCCGUUACCACUGCCGCUCGCCGCCGGUCUUGAGUCGCUGCUACCGCUCGGUCGUUCGCUUGCACGUUCGGGGGGUGGAAUCACAUCGGUGCGCGGAUGAGAGGUUUCGCGCGGACCGAGCGAGCCGACCGCGCAUGGUCGACCGGAGUCGCUUGGAUACAUAGGAUUGUGCCUCAUAGGAUGUGUCAAGCUUACCUGUAGCCGCGGUGCUUGCUGGCGAUUCCGCUAGUGGAUAACGCCGGUGGUCCACGCGAGAGUCAGUGUCGCAGACGCAGCAGUGCAUAGCGUCCAGUUUUGGAGCAGUACGCGGUUUACUCCAGUUACUGAGCGAUAUCGAAUAAAGUCAACGUGGUGCACGCGACGUUGUGUGAACGUUCAAAGUGUUGCCGAUCGAAUCGGCGGAGAUCGACGGUGCGUUUCGGACGACGGAGAGGCAAAGUGACGAAAAGGAAGUCAGCGCGGCGUCGUUAGAUGCGAGGAUUUUAAAAGCAGCUCCCGGAGGCCAGCCCGACGCAAUGCGUCGACGCUGCUGACGCAAACGCGCCUGGAUGCGUCUCACUUUUAGCACGUUACCACAGCUUGCCGUUUUAGCGAAGAUUUUGUGCCUCCUGAUGGUGGUGAUGUGCGGGGCGGUGCCGGCGAUGGUGCGCUCCGUGAGUCUCUACUCAACCUGCAGCAGCGGCAAUGUUACCGUAAUAGGCCGCUCGAUCAAAGCUAUGGGACGCGAUGAUCACAAUGCACCCUACCAGAAGCUCACCACACAAUCGGAAGAUUUUAGUAGGAAGCUGUACAUCUAUGCGGAGAAGAGCCAACGAUACAUUUGCUUCAAUAAGCGGUGGAAACUCGUCGGCUUGCCAAAGAAGCAGAAGGGACCGAUGUGCCAGUUUUACGAGGUGUACAACGGCUCGUAUCUGAGGUACAGGAGCGUCCUCGACGGGUCGCGGUAUCUCGGCUUCAACAAGUUUGGCAAGCCGAUGAAGAACCCCCACGGCAGGCAGGAGUGCUUCAACUUCAUCAAGUACAACCCCCACGCCGACAUAAACCAGCACAACAGCCUAGUGAACGCGGAGAUGGGCGGCAUGGAACCGUACGUCGUCUCGAGGAAACCGUCGCCGCUGAUGAGGGCCACGAAGAACUCCCUGUUGCAGGCCGACAGCGCGAGGGAGCUCGUUCACACGUCCGCGCAUCGCCAUCGGCACUCGAAUCGCUGGAAGAUGCGGCAGAACGGGGCGGACUCGGGACCCCGAAGACGGCACGAGAGCCGCCUCCUCGUCGAGGCCAGCAAGUAUUGAGCCGCGCGCGGGCUCGCCGAUCAAGACUGCCUCCUUCGUAUCCCGUGAAAGCCCGAGAUCAGACUGCCAAAUACGCUGGUGGAUCGCGACAGUCGGGACGUCUGGAGAGCCCGCUUAAACGGCGCCUCGUGAGUCGCGGCUCGAAGCACCGCGUUAUUCGUUCGAUCGGCCGGCGAAUGGAGAGGCGAGGGCGCGCGCCACCCCCGUGCACGCGCCUUUAGUCGUUCGGUUUCCGUUUCCGGCCUGGAGCUAAGCCGCUCCGCGGCACGGACGGGGGUGCCGCCGCCGUCGUCGAGAUAGCAUCCGAUUAUCGAGGGAUACGCACGAGGUCAAAGCGUCCGCGCGAAUUCCCGCCGAUGGAGAAGCUAUCUGAAUUUUCACGUGGUUUAAGUUCGAUUUACACUUGCCCCGACUGACCCCUUCAGGCAAGUAUGUACCUCGUAACGGUAAGAGCGUUUCUUUCUAAUCGUUGAUUCCUCGUGAAUUUGGUUCGCGCGAUGAAUCGUUCGUUACCCUCCUCCUAUCUUCUUUUCUACUCAUUCUCUAUCUCUAUCUUUCUAUUCCUCUUUUCUUACUCUCGUGACGAAGCGUAGCAAAUUGGUACACUUUUUUUUCACCUUCGAUGCAGCAGUUAAUGCGCGAGACAGCUAUGUAAAUUCGUUGGAGCCAUUGUCGCCCCCCUCAGUCGAUCGUUUGGCGAAUGCGAACGAAAAGAAUUCACAUCGUGUAGGAAUCGCAACCGAACGGCUACUGUGCUUCGAGCGCGUUCACCGAUCCGCGAUGGUAGCGCAAGGAGACGCGCGGACGGCGCAUGCAGACGGACAUGUGUUUCCCGACUUGCCUGACAAAGAUACUCCGUUUCGGAUAUCGUAAAGAGAAGUACAGAAUUAUCAAUAUAUAUAUAUAUAUAUAUACACAAAACAUAAUGUCUUUCAGACAUUAACAUCAUUUCGCAGACUUGAUUCGUUCAAAUAAUAUCGAUGUGAGAAAUUCAGCUAAAAAUGUAUCAUUUGCACCUUGAUUGGAAAAAAACAAUGCUCUUGAUCUCGAUAUCGUGUACCAAGGAAACGUGAACGUGCGCCUAACAGAUUGAUCAUUUCCGCUGGCGUUACGCUCGGACAAGAGCGAUCAGUGCACCAAAUUCUGUUCGAGCGCUCAUCCGAGAAGCGAGUUACGGGACGAGUGCGAAAAAAUCACGAUCUCCGGCGCGGUACGUUCCUCGGCGAAUUAAAGUGGGAACGCUGUCGGCGCUGAUCCAGCGAGGAAAUAUUUGUCACGUCGCGGAUGCUCGUACGUGGCCGCUCUUUUUACACCCGUCUGCGCAAUAGAGCUCACGCCGCGCAAGACUCUCUCGCUCGCUGUGCUAAUUACGCCGCCUAACGUAGCGUGCGUGCGUGCGUGCGUGCGUGCCUGCCUGCCUGCCUGCCUGCCUGCCUGCGUGUAUGAAUAAUGUGUGUGUGCCUGCCUGCGUGCGUACGUGCGUGCUCGCGACUCGUGAUACGUAUACGCAGGCCUCACCGCCGCCGACGCACAAACCCGCGGCACGAUCGAUUACGAAUGUGCCGAGUCCGACGCGAUCGACGACGGUCUCUUUGACUUUUUUCACAAAACAAUCCAAAUUCGGUUUUGCUCGAGUCCGCCGGCGCAUCGCGACGUUCCGACGUUUGCAUUGGGACUUAUGUCUUUUAAAUUGAUUCGCACGAUGUCAUUGUGUAGUUACCAAAUGGGAGAUAACAAAAUGUAACGUUUCAGAUGCAGGACAUUUGAAGGCUUCAUGUAAAAAAAAGGCUGGAAUACGCCGCUUUCGCGGGAAAUUUUAUCUUUACGUUUGAAGAGCUCUCUACGCUACGACGGUACAGUCAAAAAUUGUACAUGUAAUUUUUGAUGGGGAUUCUUAGGGGGUAUAUAAAAUGGGAUAGGAUAUAUAAAGAAUAUUUUUUCUAUACUUUUUCCAUGUAAAUGAAUAAGAUGUAACUUUCUCUCUCUCUCUCUCUCUCUCUCUCUCCGCUAGCUUUUUAUUUUUGAAUACUCUUCUUGCACGUUUCCUCAAUCUAUAAAACACAGAAUGACAUCGAUUGAUAAAUCGUAAACGCGAAUUUCGAAAUCAAUUUCGGCAAAGUUCGUCUCUCGGGACACCUCUUCCCGCAGGAAGUCGGACGACGGCGAUCGGUUAGAACUGCGUGUUUGUGCGCGAGCAUAUUAUAUAUUAUAUUCGUGUGCAUUCUGCGUGCAUAUGUACUUUGCCUCCGGAAAGCGUGUGAGUGCGUGUAAUAUAAUGCAUUAUCGUUAAUGAACUUAAUCCUUAGAAUGCUAUCGCAGACUGUAUUAUUAGGCUAGGUAUGUGAAUAUAUGACGCGGUGGCGACUCGACGAAGGGAAUCCGGGGGAGAGGGGGGAGGGGAGGGGCGAGUCCUUUGCAAUUCGCGAGGGAACGUCUAGUGUGCAACCUUAUUUUUCUGCCUCUAUUUUCCGAGAUUACGAGCGCCGCCCUUGCGCGUCGCAUCGUUUUGAACCCCUAAAUGGGCGCGAGGGAACGGGCACCUCGGGGUGGUUCAUUCCCGCAGACUCGCCACGUAAGGAGCUCUUCUCCUCUUCUCCCCCCGUCUCCCUUUCCCCAAAAAAAAGAAAAAAGAAAUCGCUCCCUAGGUAGCUUAUUUAUUGAAAUCAUGUUUAGGUAUUACGAAUGCCGAAACGCCCGAAAACAACCCUUAUUCCCCGGUGUACGUAUAUAUGUAUAUGAAGAUAUGCGCUGCUCUCUUUUUAUCGUUUUUCUUGCUCGCCAUUUACCUUCUUCCCAUUCUCCUCCCCUCGUUAUCGAUUACAUUCCUCGAUCAUUUCGCAACAUCAUGUAUUAAUCGCGAAUCGUUUGAUACAAUGUUAUCAGUUACUUACUCGAAAGUAUUUCAUCGUCUCAGCUUAUAUAUCGUUUCCUCCUCGAUAGAAAUUUCCGCGUUUGCAAAUUCUCUAUGUGUAAGGAAGUAACGAUGGACAAUAUAUUAACAUUCAAUAUGAUUCGUCGCAUCGCUAUAACAGGAAGUAACAGUUCGCAGUGCGUAUUUAAAAAAGUUUUAAAUUUAAAAUUUUGAUUAAUGUUUCUGUUGUUUAAUGUUUAUUAAAAUUUCGAUUUCUUCAUUUCUUAAACAAUGUUUAUUAAAAUUUCUGCAUGUUUUUCUUUUUGUUCUGUGCUUCUUCACUCGUCCCGAUAAAUGAAAAUCGCGUUUUUUACACAAAACCUGAGAAUACUCAAUGUCUGAUUAAUUUAAUUACACACACGAGUGGCAGUGCAUAGAGAAACUUAUUCCUAUGGAUGAUGUUUGUAUGUGUCGUUAGACAAUUGUAGGGAGCAAUACGCACGUAGUAACGCCACGUUUCGUAGAACGAAUCAAAAGAUCCGAUUUUGUGACUCGUUUUGUACGUGAUUAAAAUAUUUGCUCUCUUUUGGAACGACGUAGUUUUCUUAUCCCGAAAAUUCUUUUCUCUUUCUGUAUUUUUUAUUACAAGCUAUUUUUUUUAAUUGGAUCGAAAUGUCACUCCUUUCGGCGAUUCGUUAUCGGCACGUGGCGAGUGCAAGCUAAGCACGAUAAGAUGUCGCGUGUAAACAGAAAUUAAACGCCAGCAGCUGACCACGAGAAAAGCAUAAAAUUCCGACGCUUAUAAUUUAAUAACAGAUAACUAAUCUAACGUGUAUAUGUAUAUUAUGUAUUGUAUGUAUGUGUGUGUGCGUGCAUGCGUGCGUAUGUGUGUAUGUGUGUGUUGUAAUAUGGGUAUUGUAACUCUCUCCGCCUCUAAAAAUUAACCAACUUGUUUUGUAUGUGUAAGCCUAGCGUCACGUAGCGAUGUGCAGAGAAUCACCGCGGCGUUCACGGCGAUGCGGAAAUAAUGAUGGAAUAAUUUUUAUGGAAUAUGCGAGUCUCCUCGAAAGCGAGAUGCGUGUUGUCACUGACUGUCGUUUACACACACAUACACACACACACACACACACACACACACACACACACACAACAAACAAAUACAUACACACACACAUACGAAAGAAAAAAAUUCAAGCGAUUCCCGACCAGCGUCAUUUUACGACCUCAUCGAACUGCUCGCGAUCAAGUCAUACCGGGAUUAAUUCCGAGAUUAUGGAAAUUUCACCGAUUGUUUGACGCAUUUACUUGUUUAUACCAUAUUUUUAUAUUAACAAAAAAAUCUCUUGCUCCCGGCUUUCAGGCUCUAUUAGCACAACGUGACGGGUCAUCCUGUUAUCGCCAUCGCUGACUCGAUCGCGAGCAUUGAGACCAUCCUCACUGUCCCAGUCCUACGCUCUCGCCUUUUUUUUACUUUCUCACCAUCGACGAACCAGAAAACGGCAGAUGAAACGAACAGAACACAAGAGAUGAAUCUGACUACCCUAUAGAUAGAUAAUAUACAUGAUAAAUGAAAAAAAAGAAAAAAGAUAAAGUAUAAAUAUUAUAUAUAUAAAUAAAUAUAUGAAAGAUGAUGUGUAUUGUAAGAUAUUUAAUACCGACUUGUCUUAGGCACACCCGAUGACGAUCGAUAACAAUGAAAACGACGAUGAUAAUUAUUACGAUGAUUGUUGUGUAACGAACGACGACGAUGAUGAUAUUCUACACUGUAAUUCGCGUUGUAAUAUAGAGGCCCACCCGUUUACCCACUAAAUCGAUGUGUCGAUGUAUCCCGGCCGUGCUCUGCUCGUGUGCGCAUCUCGCGAGGAUGAACCGAGAGGGACAUCGCGGAGCAUUGCAGGUGCGUCGCGCUUUGGACGCCGGCCAAUCAACCGAAUUGAGAUUUUUCUACGAGCAAGACCCGGGAGCCACUUUCGUAACUGGCCGACGUUCAACAACUGUCGCACCCCGAGACGGGAAAUUAGAUCGGUUUCGAUCGCGCGCGUUCGCGCUGCACGGCGUUAAUCAUCCGGGCUGUAGCGCGAAAGCCACACGUGUGUGCACACAGAAGCACACGCAGCCACUUGACACACACGUACACAUAGACACGUAUACGUACACACCCUGUUUACGAAGUGCGGCAGCCUAUUACGAACGAGCAUAGCACGCCCGGCAGCAAACUAGCAAUAAUAUAACAUUCCAACUUAAAUCGCAUACGUACUGCGAAUUCUAAUAAUGUAUGCCGCCAUACGAGAAAGAAAAAAAAAACACUGUCAAAUACACGCUCAUACACUGCUA